AUGACGCUCGUUUCCUGUGUGUUCUUCUUCUUCCUCUUUUGGUGUCGUUCGUUUGCUUCUGCGGGGAAACACCAACGCGCGAAGGAUUCGUCUUCCUUCUCCCGAGUCGUGGACGAGGAAAACUUUGAUACUUUCGCAAAAAUCAACGGUAAUAAUGAUAUCGGUAACGAUGGUGGUCUGCUCGACUCGAUUUUAAGCGACUUGAUGUGGGUAAACGGGAAGAAGAAAGGAGUCACAAAGUUUACGAAAAGUCGAAGCGAUUUCGAGCGAGAGUGCGCCUCGUCCUCCUCUUCCUCGGAAAGCGAACGCGCGACAUCUCAAUCGAAAACAUUCGCAAAGUGCGCGGCAGAUAACGCACAGAAAAUCGAGGAAUACAGAAUCGACGUCUCUUUAAACGUCGCGUUCGUUGGAUUUGAAAACGACGGGCGAUACGACGUUUCAAUCCGCGCGGAGGAACAGGCGAGGUGGUUGGAACGUCUGAACGUAAAGUUAAGGCACGAAUACGUCGGCGACGAGGACGAGGAAGGGGAAGAGGAUAAGAGGAGCAAGGUUUCGUACAACGUGCACUCGAGAGUGCUUCAACUCGGGUCGAACGUGUUGAAGGUGUUCGAGGAGGCAAUCGAGAAGCACUCGCGAGACGUGCAUCGCUUGCACGGACAGGUGAACCGCGUCGACAGUAGAAUCGUGGACGCGUACGCGAUUGAGAAAUUGGCGGAUGAUUUAGCGGAGUUUUUAGGAUUAGAAGAGGAACAUUUUAUGGUUGUCGUGAACGCAAAAACGGUGGAAGGUGAUGCUGGCGGCGAGAGUAAAGUGCCCAGGUAUGGAUUUCGGUACGGAUUAACCGACGAAGAAGUCGUCGUCCUGCGAGAAGAUGCAGAGGUUUCUAAAAAAGCAGAGCUUUUCGCGAAGAAAGCCAUCGAAUGGAGGGCAGAAGAGUUACGCAGUGGCGAGUUGACUUACGAUCACGACGAUAGGGUGUUCCUCGGUGGAAGCAGCGGUGGCGGAUACGGUAAAAAGACAAGGAAAAAAAAGACGUCAAAGAUUACUGAACAGUUGAAAACGCUCCUCUCGAGAGAUGGAUUUGGCGCGCACGGCGUCUUGGACGAAAUGGACGAGAUUGAAGACGACGCGGAGUUUUUACGGUUGAAGAAAGGGGAGGAUGUUAGAAACGACGGAGAACAUCAAGGCGAGAGAAGUAUGAAGAAGAUACUUUCGAUGCACGAUUUGAGGACGUUUGGCGAUCUUUGGGCGGCGAGGCAAGAUUUCGCGGUGGAGGUGAACGGCCGCGGAGGAGGUAGCGCGAAGAACAAGAAGAACAAGAAGAGUUCAACGUCGAUAAUAAAAGUCGUCGACGAUAGUUCGUUGAAGCAAUUUGCUUUGCAAAAACUCAACGGCGACGAUAUCAUCGCUGCCACACGAAUCGCGAGACAAAUCGCGAAAAUCGAACAAGGCCACGAAGGAUGUCUCACCGAAGCCAUCCUCUCCUCGAGGACGAAAACAGUAUUCUUGGAUUUAUCCGCCGGCCCGUUCACGUGGGGUAGUUUAGAGCGCGCGCACACGAAGAAAGUAAUCGGACACGGUGCGCACGAUUUCCCGAGCACGAAGAUGCGGUUUGGAAGUGGACGUAAAAUGACCAGUCAAGAGUUUGCGGUGAAGAGAAAACGCCUGUCGCAACAACUGGACGCGGCGCGAGGUAGGCGGUUGGAAAAAUCACACCAAAGCCGCGACGAGUUGACGUCGAAAAAUUUAGCCGCGGUAGAGAUUGACUUACUAGAGCGUUUUUUCAACGAGCACUGUUUACACGAAGCGAACGAAGGCGCGGCGAAAGCGUGCGAGGACGCGAUGAAGACGAAAACUGCGUUGGAGCACGGCGCGGAUGCCGAUUUUGAUGUGGCGUCGUUUGGAGAAUCAGUGCGAUUGAGUGGAGACGGCUCGGAAGAUGCCAAGACGUUUUUUCAAACGCCCGGUCAGUUUGCGAACGACGUGUUCCUUGCCGAAGCGACGGCAAUGAUUGGCGCGUACGCUUCUUCCGUCAUCGUGCCGCCGGCGACGAGACGGUCGUUUUUGAAACGCGCGAAACCAUACAAGACGAUUCACGCGUAUAUGUACGUCCUCGAACUCGGUGAGAAAGAUGAAUACGAGAACAACAACAACAACAAAAAGAUUACUAGUGAUAAAAAGAGCGAGUACCAGUACGCGUACUCGGAUGCGUUACGAUUGGAAAUCUUGGACGCGUUAGAUGCGAGUUCGUUGAAAUCGACUAAAGUUUCCGCGACGGCGCGUAUCGUCACCGCGUCGGAAGAACCUGCGAUGGCGUCAGCUUUCGCAUCAGCUUUGAGAACCGGUAAAGUUUCUGGGUUUGGUGUCGAUGGAAAACAAAGCGACCACGCGCGAGCGCGAUGGUUGGACGUCGACGCACUCGCGCAACAUUUGCUCGUGGAUGAUGAAAAAUACACUGGCGAAGACGAAGAGGACAAAGAAGAAGAUAACGAAGACCACUUGGAAAUUCCUAUUUUCGUCUUUGACCAACGCUUCGAUGGCGAACACAGAGACUCUCCGUUACUUUUCACGAAUGCAAAACCGGUAGAAGUGAUUCGCGACGCCAUCUUUGUCACUCGCUCGAGUCCAAUCAACGAAAAGCUCCUCUCGUCGACGCACGGGAGAAUGCCCUUUUCGGCGUCGAGAUCCUUUUGCGAAAUCAAAACGCUCGAAGCGGACUUCGCGGACCCGGCGAGAGAAGUGGCCUCGAUGGUGGCGCAAUUCGUUUCCGGACUCAUCGCACCGCACGAAUCAACGUCGUUUACGAGUAGUCAUCAAAAUGGGUCUGAAGAAAACGUCGUCGUCGAAGCUAUGAACGGUUACGCGUGGUCCGUCGGAGAUAACCCGUUAAGUUUCACAACGCCCGGGUCUCGAUUUGGCUCCAUACACCGCGAAAUCGCGCGCAGAAACAUCGUCGUCGCGCAAAUCGACCGCGUUUUAUUGACGUAUAAUCGUGCCGUCGUUUCGCUCGAACGCAUCGAUGCGAAAUCGGACGGCGUCUACGAAGCCGCGAAAAGCGGCGAAGGUAAGCGCUUAUCGGCUGAACUUCGCGCCUCGAAAAAAGCUGCGUUUCGGUAUUUGAAGGAAGCGCAAACGUUGUUAUCUUCCGUUUCCUCACACGCGGACGAAGCUUCCGCGAAAGUCUCCCGGGCGAAGAAAGAGGUGGACAAAUUUUUCGCCCACGCUACGGUACUCAGCGACCACGUGCACGCUCGCGAAAAGAGGAAACAGUACCUACUCAUGUCCUCUGCGUCGAGCUCUGCGUCCUCGGGUAUUUCUUCCUACAUAAAUAGCAUGUUCCGAACGCUGUUGUGGUUCCUGUUUGCCAUCCUCUUCUUUUAUUUACGAAUGAAACAAACGACCGAUAAAAUCCGAACGGCCAAAACCAGAUGGACAAAGUCAGCGCUCGAUUGA